AUGGCACGUAGAUCUCAGAAUUCGACCAACUCUGUUGACGAAAUGGCUCAAGCUAUUCAGCGGUUGGUCGACGCAAUGCAACACCAACAACCGCAGGCGGUGCACGCACCAGUGCAACAUAAUGGUAUGAAUGAAUUCAUGCGUCACAAACCGCCAAAGUUCGAUGGUAAAGCAACUCCAGAUGAGGCAGAUGCAUGGAUUCGAGAGAUUGAGAAGAUUUUUCGGGUGCUCGGCUGCAGUAACGCACAAAAGCUGGAGUAUGCUAUUUUUUUGCUUAAUGGCGAGGCUGAGUACUGGUGGGGAGGCAUGCAACGGAUGAUGGAAGCUCGUAACGAGGUCAUCGAUUGGACAAGUUUCCGGACAAAGUUUAUGGGGCAGUACUUUCCAGAUAGCGCUAGACAUGAGAGGGAAGCAGAAUUUUUGACACUACUUCAGAGAGACAAAUCAGUGCAAGCUUACGUUGAUCGCUUUGAAUAUCUAGCUCGAUUCUACUCUCAGAACAUGAGUGAAGAGUGGCGGUGCAGAAAAUUCGAAAGGGGAUUGCGUCACAAUCUGAUGAAGGUGAUAAUGCCUAUGAGGAUCAGAGAGUUUCCACUUUUAGUAGAGCAGGCGAAGAUGAUAGAACAAUUGGAAGCGGACCCGCAUCGAGUUAUGAGGUCACACCCUGGUAAUAACACUGGAGGUAGACAACAGAAGAAACCUUAUUCUAGACCUCAGCGUGGUGGACAGGGAUUGAUGAAGUGCUAUGAAUGUGGAGGAGCUCAUCUCCGGCGUAAUUGUCCUAAACUCCAUGGGGCAAAGCCAGACGAGAGGAAAUGCUACAAUUGCCAGAAGCCAGGUCACUUUGCGAACUCUUGUCCUGAGAAGAAGUCUGGAGCACCUCCGCAGCAGCAAAAGUCUUUCGGAGAAAAGACGAAGGCAGCAGGAAGGGUGUUCGCUAUGUCUGGAUCAGAGGCAAAUAAGUCAGGUAAAUUAAUUCAGGAUACUUGUUUGUUGUUUGGUGAACGUGUGAAUGUUCUGUUUGAUUCGGGUGCAUCGCAUUCGUUUGUAUCCUUGAUGUGUUCGGAAAGGCUCGGGUUACCAGUCCGUGAUCUCGGAUGUGAGUUAGUGGUUUCUACGCCAGCAUCAGGACAAGUCUCAACCAGUUCAGUUUGCGUUGGGUGUCCGAUUGAAAUAGCUGGACGCAAGUUCACGGUUAACUUGGUACGCUUGCCACUGGAAGGGUUGGAUGUGAUUUUAGGGAUGGAUUGGUUGACGACCAAUGAUGUCAUCAUAGAUUGUGGGAAACAAAAGGUGGUUGUUCCAGACAUAAAAGAUGGGCAGAUUGUAAAAUCACGGGCGGUCAUACAGGAGAUCAGAGAAGGAGCUGAAUGCUACGUAGUAUGGGUUGAAGAAGAAAAACCGAAGAACACAGAAGAGAAAAUCACUGGCAUACCAGUAGUGGAGGAAUUCGCGGAUGUUUUUCCAGAAGAAGUCCCAGGGUUACCACCAAGUCGGGAAGUCGAAUUUGCAAUUGAUUUAGUGCCAGGAGCAGGUCCGGUGUCAGUAGCUCCAUAUAGAAUGGCCCCCGCCGAGCUUGCAGAAUUGAAAAAGCAGUUAGAAGAUCUCUUGGAAAAGAAAUUUAUCCGUCCAAGUGUAUCACCAUGGGGAGCUCCAGUUUUGCUUGUGAAAAGAAGGAUGGGAGUUCACGGUUGUGUGUUGACUACCGACAGCUGA